AUGGUCUCCUCCACUAUCGACGAUACCUCCCUCUCCGCCUCGCCCACUGAGCGCCGCAAUUCGCUCGAGAAACACCUCCAGAACCGUCCCGAGCCGCAGGACCUCAAGGAGAAGCAUAUUUUGCUGGACACUAAUGUUGCUCCAUCCAUCCAAGCCGCUCGUCAGGAGCUCGCUCGCCAGCGCGCAUCAGACAGCUUGAAGAAGCAUCUUGAGCAUAGACCCGAGAGGGAGGAGUUGGUUGAGAGAAACAUCCUCCCCUCCACCAACGCCGCCCCCGCCCUGCAGGCCCAUGCCCGUGAGCUCGAAAAACACAUGAUCGCCGACCAACUGGACCACAAGAUCCAAAGUCGGCCACAGCCAGAAGAGCUCAUUUCUCAGGGGAUCUUGGAUGAGGAGGAAGAUCCGAGAAAGCCGAGCGUUUAG